UCUCUCUGCAUCGAAACUGCGUCUCUCUCGUCGCUGCGUUGCGGAGCGCACAUCAUUCCACCGCUGUCCACGCGUUUCUCAGCCUACACAGCAGCCAGUGCAUACAUUAUAACGCUGUCCACGGACCGUGUUCAUGGCAGUGUUGCAAAACAAGAUCCACACACAACGUUUUUUCAGAACAUCAUAAUUGGGCGUAAUUCACCCAAGUUGAAAACAGAAUCCUCUGCAGCGCGUCUCACGUUAAACCAAUGAAACCUUUUACCUGCAGAUGUGAUGAGUCGCCUCAGGCUGCGAAGCGCAGAACAUCAUGCCCGUGAAGAUGAUGAUGUGGGAAGACGAAGAAAUAUCAUGUGGAGCGGCAGGACGAGGGGGGGGGGGGAAGCCCAGGCCUGUGCGUCGUGACUAGAUCAGGUUUCCUCCUCACUCAGUCUGUGGACGGAGAUCAGACCGAAUCCGCAGGCAUAACGGCGAUGACGGGGUCUCCAUGUACCGUCAACAGUUCUUCUGAGGCUCCGUGUUCAUAGCCUCAGCAUCAGCUGGUUACAGCAGCAGAAGCGUCAUCCCUGUGAGCGACGCUGCGCGCAGCCAAUAGGAGCGAGGACGUCUCUGCGCGCUCCAGCAGUGAUUGUACAUCCAGCGUGAGCUGUGAUGAAGCGAAACUUUGCUCCUGAAGCAGAGUGCAGAUCCUGAAGAGGAAUGCAGAUCCUGAAGCUGAAUGCAGAUCCUGAAGAGGAAUGCAGAUCCUGAAGAGGAAUGCAGAUCCUGAAGCUGAAUGCAGAUCCUGAAGAGGAAUGCAGAUCCUGAAGCUGAAUGCAGAUCCUGAAGAGGAAUGCAGAUCCUGAAGCAGAAUGCAGAUCCUGAAGCAGAAUGCAGAUCCUGAAGCUGAAUGCAGAUCCUGAAGAGGAAUGCAGAACCUGAAGCAGAGUGCAGAUCCUGAAGCAGAAUGCAGAUCCUGAAGCUGAAUGCAGAUCCGGAAGCAGAAUGCAGAUCUUGAAGCAAAAUGCAGAUCCUGAAGCAAAAUGCAGAUCCUGAAGCUGAAUGCAGAUCCUGAAGCAGAAUGCAGAUCCUGAAGCAGAAUGCAGAUCCUGAAGCAAAAUGCAGAUCCUGAGGCAAAAUGCAGAUCCUGAAGCAAAAUGCAGAUCCUGAAGCAAAAUGCAGAUCCUGAAGCAAAAUGCAGAUCCUGAAGCAAAAUCCAGAUCCUGAAGCAGAAUGCAGAUCCUGAAGCGGAUCGCAGAUCCUGAAGCAGAAUGCAGAUCCUGAAGCUGAAUGCAGAUCCUGAAGUGGACUGCAGAUCCUCAAGCAGAAUGCAGAUCCUGAAGUGGACUGCAGAUCCUGAAGCAGAAUGCAGAUCCUGAAGCGGAUCGCAGAUCCUGCAGCAGAAUGCAGAUCCUGAAGCAGAAUGCAGAUCCUGAAGCAGAAUGCAGAUCCUGAAGUGGACUGCAGAUCCUGAAGCAGAAUGCAGAUCCUGAAGUGGACUGCAGAUCCUGAAGCAGAAUGCAGAUCCUGAAGUGGACUGCAGAUCCUGAAGUAGAAUGCAGAUCCUGAAGCGGAAUGCAGAUCCUGAAGCGGAAUGCAGAUCCUGAAUGCAUAUUUCUUCAUAUGAACUAAAUGUUAAAAAUCUGCAUUAAGUCCUGCGUUACAGGAGAUGAUGUCAUAUAAAGUCAGCUCAAAUUAUAUUCACUGAACACAGGGAUAUAGAUUCCAUCCAUCCAUCCAUCCAUCCAUUCAUCCAUCUAUCCAUCCAUCCAUCCUUUCAUCCAUUCAUUCAUCCAACCAUCCAUCCAUCAACAAAUUCAUCCAUCCAUCCAUCCAUCCAUCCAUCCAUCCAUCCAUCCAUCCAUCCAUCCAUCAUCCAUCCAUCCAUCCAUCAUUCAUCCAUCCAUCCAUUCAUCCACCCAUCCAUCCAUCCAUCCAUCCAUUCAAUUAUUUAUUUAGUUGCUUAGGUAGUUAGUUGGUUAGGUGGUUGAUUGGUUAGUUAGUUAGUUACUUAGUUAGUUAUCUGAAGUUGAUGACACUUUGGGAUCGCUCUAAGCAGCACAUUAUUGAUCAGUAGCCUAAAUAUGAUCUCUAUGCUCUGUACGUGUUUUAGUUUAUAAAGUGUUUUAAAUUGAUGUGAGAGCAAGUCCUCUGCAGAAUGAAACUUUGACCCACCUGUGUUCAUUAAUCUUUGUUUAUUCACACACUAAGAAGCUUUUAUGUCACAGUAUUUUUUAUUUUUGGUCCAAAUUUUUAUCAAUCCACAUUUAAAGUGUUUUUAAGGUAUCAUUCUAAUUCAUUUGGUUGGUUGAUAAUAUCAUUGAAACUAUUUAUUCUCCCAAUGAUUCAUGUGAUCACGGAUCGAUAGAUCUCUCUCUGUGACCUUCCUUCAGGUAUUUCUCCUUCAUCUGGAGGAAACAGAAACAACACUUUGAGAUUUGGUUUCCUCCCUGCAUGAAGUUUAUCAUCUAAACCCGACAUGAAACAUGAUCUUCUUUCAUGGAACGAUGUUUGCAUUAUUUCUCACUCUGUCGGUGUUUCCUUGUUCCCUCAGCUGCAGGCUGCAGAGCAGAAACAUGAGUAACAGCACUGCGUGGUGGACAUGCGCGGAGCUGCAGCGAAUAUGGCGGCUUGCAUCUGAUAGAAAGUGAGGAAUCUCCCGUCUCAAUCCUCUGUUCAGACGGUGAAAGCUUCCUGACUUCCUCUGCAGCAGCUGGUCUGAUCACCAUGGGCCGGACUCCUCACAGAGAUCAGAAAGACGAGAAGGAGGGACGCAGCAGCAUCACAGCAGGCUCUGCCAUCGACAAAUCCAAUGAGCCGUUCAGUUGGGAGGACUACCUGAGAGAAACAUCGUCUGUAGCAGCAUCGCCGACGUGCUUCAAACAGUCCAGAGUCCCGCCCUCCAAUGACUUCAAAGCUGGCAUGAAGCUGGAGGCCCGAGAUCCUCGCAACUCCAACUCUGUGUGCAUCGCGACCGUGAUGGGCUUGAUGGGUAUUCGCCUCCGCCUGCGUCUGGAUGGCAGUGACAACACCAACGACUUCUGGAGGCUGAUCGACUCGUUAGAAAUCCAACCAAUCGGAACGUGUGAGAGGAACGGAGACAUGCUGCAGCCGCCGCUGGGUUUCAGGAUGAACGCCUCCUCGUGGCCCAUGUUCCUCCUGAGGACUCUGAGUGGAGCGGAGAUGGCUCCUGCCUCUGCUUUCAAAAAGGAACCAGCAAGCCCUGUUAAGAACCUCUUCCAGCCCGGUAUGAAGCUGGAGGCGGUGGACAGGAAGAACCCGUAUCUGAUUUGUCCGGCCACAGUGGGAGAGGUCAGAGGUCAGGAGAUAUUCGUCAUGUUUGACGGCUGGCGAGGAGCCUUCGAUUACUGGUGCCCCUUCGACUCCAGAGACGUCUUCCCUGUGGGCUGGUGUUCUCUGACUAAACACAGCAUCCAGCCGCCCGGAAACUUCUUUACUCUCCCCAGUGCGCUCCUUGCUCCCGUCUCCUCCUCCUCCCUCACUACACGCCGCUCCACGUCCAACUCAUCCUCCUCCAUGCAGACCUCCUACAGACUACCCAACCCCUUACCGCCCCUCCCUGUACGCAAGGGUGUCCGUGGUCGACGUCCCAAAUCCCAGACCAUCGCUUUGUUAAAGGCAGCGGCAGAGGCGGCGGCGGCAGCAGCAGUUAAUGGAGCAUCACAGAGCCCCGCCAGGACCAGCUCUGAGACUCAACUGGCCCCCAGACCACACAAGAAGAGAGGGCCCAAGCCCAAGAGCAAGAAGAAGCCUCGGGUAGGGCAAUCCCUGGGGCCCCCGCCAGUUACAGCUCCGCCUCCUGAGACCAGACUGAACUCCAGCCUUGUCUCAGCAGACAACAGCCACAGAUCAAAUGUAGUCUGCACAGUGUGUGUUUACGUGAACAAGCACGGGGACUUCGGCCCGCACCUCGACAGGAAACUAGUGCAGCAGCUCCCGGACCACUUCGGUCCUGCACCGGUAAACGCAGUGCUCCAGCAAGCUGUCCAGGCCUGUGUGGACUGCACAUACCAACCCUCUGUGCUGCUGUCCUUCCUCCAGAGCCAGUCCCACACCGGAGGAGAAGUCAUCAGAGUGCGGUCCGAGCAUGGGAUUCGCUACGUGAAGCUGCCCACGGCUUCCAGUACGUCCUCUGUGCUGCGCUUCUUAGAGAACAUGUGCCAACAUCUGGAGAGCGACAGCCUGUUCAGCUCGCAGCCGUUCAGCCCCUUCACCAACAACACACGCUUCUACAACAGGACCAAGUCAGAGCCGCUAUCUCACGCUGAAAAUGGUCUGUCCAAAGACGAGUCCACAAAGGAUCCCGCCCCCAGCGCCCGCCCCCUCCACAGCUCCUCAGACUACAGAGCAACAAAGAAGGAGCGGCCAUUCUAUCCGGGACAGACACCGCCGCCCGUACGCCGUGUCAGCUCAAACCCGACUGAAGCUGGGCCGAUGUGUGCGCACCGACGAGUAGAGGCGAGCUCAACGACGGGCCCCGACCACGUGAAACAAGACAAGGAGGGUUCAGGGAGUGACGCCUCGUCCUGGUCGGUGGAUGAUGUCAUUCGGUUUGUUCAAGAGGCCGACCCUCAAACUCUCGGCCCGCACGUUGACCUCUUCAGAAAACAUGAGAUUGACGGCAAAGCGCUGAUGUUGCUGCGCAGUGACGUCAUCAUGAAGUACAUGGGACUGAAGCUGGGCCCGGCGCUCAAGCUCUGCCAUCACAUUGAGAGGCUGAAACAGAGCAAACAGUAGAAGGCUCUCUGACGGACACACAGACAGAUGUUACUCCACAGGGACGAAGAGCUGAAAGAAGAGUGAAGGUCGAGUCUUUCUCUCCAUCCUGAAGGUUUUAAUAACCAGCAGGAAGUCUGCAGAUAGAAACAGUGUUCUUAAAGUGAAAGGUGCAUUCAUCUAACCAACAAUAAGCCUCAUUUCAUCUCACCCUUCAGUCCCACUGGGCAUGCUCAGAGCUCUCUCUUAUUCUAUUAUUUGCCAAAGUGAUGUUAUUGUGGACGGCGGGCGGAAUAAAAAACACUGUGGUUAAUCUACCAAUCAGACACGUUCAGCAUUGCAGCCCCCGCCCCUGAAAGUCCUGGGAAUUUGAAAAGUACUACGCCCCUAGCAGGGGCUUUUUAGGGGGGAGAUUAUCUACCCCUGAACUAAAUUUAGACCCUGGGUCCACCAGUCGAAACUCAUGUAGUUCUGGGGUAACGUUCCUCCGGUCGAAAAACACCUCUGGGUUAAGUGCUGGUUGAUGCCGGUCGCUCUCUGGCAGCGCUGCAGGAUGAGCUGUAAUCAUGUAAAGGAACGAGUAUUUAAAAAUAACCAAGAGCAUCUCCAGCCUGUGUUCAUCUUGACAAUGCAAAGAGCAGAUUAAAGUCCUCUGAUCAGGUAUCAGGAACAGAUACAGUCACACGAAACUAUGGCUGCAAUAAUUCACAGACCUUUAUCCUCAGACGGUGGAGAAACAGAGUUUUAAUCCUCACGCUGGCUCGUAUAUAUCACGUAUUAGAAUAAACAGCAGGCAGAUGUCGUUUAUCAAACUGAUGUAGCUUCUUCGUUUUGUCUUUCACUCCUGCAGAGUCGGGUUUUCAAGCUUUAGAUUCCAGCUGUGGGUUUUGUUGAUGACAGUGUGAGGAUGGAUGAUAAAGCAUGAUUAUGGAAGUGUGUUAUUAUCAGUGAACUUCUCACUGCUUCAUUUCUAACAAUGCAAUAAGGUUUCAGAGCGACCGUCACAGACGUGAAGCCAGUGAUUGUCUUGAGAUCAGAGCUGCCGAAGAAAAGCUCAGAGAGGCCGAGACUGCCGACUCUAAAAUCAUCACAGCUUGUGAAAGUGAAGAGGAGGGAUGUUCUUUCUUUCACAAACAGGAACUCAGUGUGCUCUAUCAGUGCAGAACAAGUGUUUCAGUUUCACGGAAUCUCUGAGAAGCUUUAAUGUUCCCUACAAAAUUAACACAAAUAUUCAAAUAAUAUAAACUGUGUUUGAUUAAA